AUGUUUGUUAUGUUUACAGUCAGACUUGACUGCAGUGUACAAAGGAAGAAAAGCUUGAUUAAGAAGAACAAUGGAGACAUGGCUAUCUACGUACCAACAUGUUCGCCAACGGAUUCUGUAAACUACCUUGCCGUACAGUGUCUCGAGGUACCUAGGUACUGUUGGUGCGUUCACCCAGCGACUGGAGAGCCUAUUCCAGGUACAUCCAUGUUAGAGGCUAAACCACAAUGUGCUGAAGAAGAGCCGAAACCGAAAACGAAACAAAACCGAUGCUCGGAGAAAAGAAGGGUGCGGUUUCUACGCCGACUACUGUCUUCCAUCAAGACUGAAAUGAUUAUGGCAGGUACUCCAACAUCGAUUCUUGACUUUGGCUAG